UCAUCGUUUGGCGCGCCCUCUCUGGUGAGAGCUGCGUGAAAGAAGUUGUUGUGAUAAACUUCUUUCCUUUGAACUGCCGCUGUUUUUACCGCAUGAAAACGCAUCAUCCGGCAAUAAGAUGUGGAUCCUGACUCCGCUGCAGCCUGGAGGUGAGACGCACUAUCUCAUGGCCAGUAAAGAGUACGUGGUCGGGCGCAAGAACUGUGAGAUCCUUCUUGCCAACGACCAGUCCAUCAGCAGGGCUCACGCUCACCUCACUCUGACUGACCAGACCCUGACAUUGAAAGACACCUCCAAGUACGGCACUUCUGUCAACGGCAAGAGACUGACAGAGAACACGUCAGUGAACCUGAAGUCAGGGGACUAUGUAACAUUUGGGGCUUUUAACAGCAAGUUCAGUGUGGAGCAUCAGUAUCCAGUGGUGUGUUCAUCAUGUUUGGACAGUGAUGGCAAGAGGUCACUCUCUCAGGCCCUGCAGGCUCUGGGUGGAAAGACGGUCAACACAUGGACUCAGGAGUGCACACACCUGGUUAUGCCCACUGUGAAAGUCACCAUCAAGACCAUUUCUGCUGUGCUGUGCUGCCGUCCCAUCGUGAAACCAGAGUUCUUCUUGGAGUUCAACAAAGCCGUGGAGCAAAAACUGGCACCGCCUAAAGCCGAGAGCUUCAUCCCGGAGAUCGAUGAGCCCAGUCUCAGUAAACAGGACGUUAACCUUGGAGUGAUUCCAGCUCGCAAACAGCUUUUUACUGAGAAGACCUUUGUGUUCCUCAGUGCCAAACAGCUGAAUCGUCUGAGUGGAGCCGUGGGUUUUGGAAUGGGAAAGAUUCGACUGCUGGAGGAGGGCGCUCUGCCCCGGGACCUGCUGGAGUCUCCACAAAGCUGUGUGGUCGAUGUCACAACAGCCAGCUCCCAAACCCUGCUGUCUUCCUCUGCCACAGAGUGGGCAACCUCAGUGAAUAACAUUGUUCAAAGAAAAGGCCUUCGGGUCAUCACAGAGUCUGAGAUCGGAUUGGCUGCCAUCUUUGCUUCCUGUGACAAGUACUGCAAUCCAUCCAGUCUACAGCCAGACUCAGAGUCGGCACCAAAAGUGACACCCAGAAUCUCGAGUGCGUCGCUGUCACAGAGCUUGGCGGUGGACGAGACCGUGUUACCGGCUGCUACACAAAAUAUCACAGCGUAUGCAGUGAACACGGAGCCAUUCGAACGGUCGGCUCCAUGUCACUUGACAGGGGUGACGGCAGUAGGAGAAACUCCUGAGAAGAAACACAAUGGAUCCAAAGUCCACGCCAAGAGGUUGUCCGCUCCGAGCAUCGUGGCUGAAACAAUGAGCUCAUCGUAUAACACUGUUAACAACACUGACUCACAGAGGAAGAAGCCCGAGUCCAAACCGACAGUUGCAGGGCCUAGUGGAAUCAGGCCCCAACCAUCCACUCCCUGGACCAAUGGUGGCAUGAAGACAUUUCCACAGAAGUUAUCUCCUCGGAAACUAAAACCUCCUGCACAGGUUUCACCCCAGACACAGUCGACUCUGACGAGCUUCUUCCAGUCGUCCAAUAAGAAACGGCCUUUGGACGAUGAUUUCUCGGAGGUUAUGUCAGAGGCGAAGCGGUCUGUAAAGGCAUCGUCCAUCAGCAGGAUGCCGGCACCGAACACCUCAGUUACGUCUAAAGAAACAUCUCAGACUCCACUGGGGUCUGGAGCUCAUGUGUUCACAGGACGGUCGGAGGACAGGGUCUCCCACGCUGCUCAGGAGGAGCCCCAGGGUAGAAAGAGGAAGGAGAUGGAAGCAGAGAUACAGAUGGAUGAACUGGAGUCUCUUAUGUCCGAAGAUAUGGAUUUCUUUGAUGAGCCACCCUCAGGCAAACAAGGGCAGCACGCACAGCCUCAAUGGCAAAGCUCCACUGGACAGAGACAAGGUUUUAACGUGGAGGAGGCUCCAUCUUCGAGCAAGAAGCAGCGCGUCCAUGCAGAAGACAGUGAGGCCACCAGACGGCCCCUGGAAAACCAGUCCAGUUCAAACAAAAACCACAGCAAACAAUCCGAACAGUUUACUGUCUCCAUCAAGAAGGAGAACGUUGAUCCUUCAGAAAACAAAACAACUAAUCAUGAGUCCAUUCAAAGUAACAACGUUCAGCCUGUUGAACAUAAUAAACCGUCUUACAUUGAGGAUAUUGAACUACUCGAAGGAGAGAAUUCUGAGCCUAAAGAAGAGACUAAGACGCCUUUGCAAGCAGUCGUCAUUAAACAAGAGGUGCAAGAGUCCCGGGUGGAUGAAGGCCUUCCUAAAAAGCUGGUGUUAGUGGAGUUUCGAUCUCUCACCAUGUCCGCGCCUCCGAAGAUUAAACCAAAGCAGAUGCUCAGCAACGGCUGCGCAAAGAACUUCAAAUGUUUCCGCAAGAGCCAAGUACCAGGGGCAGAGAUCUCGCCGCACAUCAUCGCAGGGUCUGGACUGCUGGUUCACAGCAGGGGCAAGAACUCUGAUCUGGACGAAUGGCUGAAAGAUGCAGUGGAGGAAGAGCUUCAGAGCAGACGGGACGAGACUGCGGGAGACGACCUCUUCAG